AUGUGUGUUCCCCAACUGGCGGGCGCAACAGACAUUGGCGGGAGUGAGGGCCUUGAGCAGGAUACGUACAGUAAUAUGAGCAGGGCCUAUUAUUAUUCAUCGACAGGAGGCAUUACGGGGUCCACGGACAUUGGCAUGGCCCAACGAUGUGCACAGCCUGGCAUCGCCGGUACCCCAUACUGGAAGAUGAGAUCGGAUGAUGCGGAGAGCCAUUGCGCAGAAAAGCAGCAGAGCAACUGCCCACGUGCCAUGUGCUUAAACGCGUUGAUCAGAUCAGAUUACGAGCAGGAUGGCGAGGUCUUUUUUCAAAAAGUGCAAAACAUCCAAUGUCGAAUCUUCACUCCAACUACGGGGUGCUUUGCUACCAGACACUUUGACGACGAUUACCAACUUGCAAUCGGCUCACGGCUCGCUCUGACUCUUGCAAUCAAAGGAAUUUCAAAUACUACCCAGCGCGCCUAG